UCCAGCAGCUCUCCAUCCUUAGGACCUUUACCGGCGCCGCAUUCAUUCUCGUCAUCAAGCCGUAGGGCGCAUCUUCCGCAGUAUCUAUAUCCGCAGAUUCACAGCGCUGUAGCAUCUAUUCGAGACGCGAGACGCGACUCCCCGAAUUCCGUACGCAUCUGCACCUUCACGACCAUUAUCAACGCCUUGUUAGUUAGUUAGCAAAAACAUCAUCAAUUCACGUCUACGAGCUUUCGAUCCUCCCGCAGGUCUACCGUCGCAAUGCCUCCCUCCGCGCCAUCGACACCGAACCUCAAACGCAAGCGAUCCUCCUUCAUCUCUCCCACCGACCAAACGAUUGUGACUUUGAAAGUCGGGCCCGAUGGGACUCCAUACAAUGUGCAUUUGGAGCUAUUAUGCGGAUGUUCUGAAUACUUCCGAGGCCUCUUCAAAGGUGGCUUCAGGGAAGCCGAGGACCGCACAACCACUGUGGAAACCAAUGUUCGGACGAUGCAGAUACUCAUGAGGUGGCUCUAUACUCAGAAACUAGAAACUCAGCAUAUACCCAGGGGCAAUAAACCUGAGUGGCAACUCCAUAGUUCCGAACUUCUCGAUUUAUACGCAUUUGGAGAUCGCUAUGACGUCCCAGAGCUACGUAACGAUACUAUGAGAUACAUUCAGAUACAGUAUGGCCAGUCUAGCAUCCAAAGGCUGCCGACAUCGUAUAUACAUCAGGCUUUCGAGAAGCUGCCAGCGUCCUCAACACUUUGCCGAUGGCUCAUCCAGCACUUUGCCCAUUAUUGGGAUCCAGAAAAAGACACGGAUGACGACGUCGCUGACUACAAAAACAUGCCGCAGGAGUUCCUUCUAGGGGUGGCACUUAUCUGUUUGAAGCGAUUGGUACGUUUGCAGCCCAGGGGUAGUACAAACCACCGUAUGGCCGGCGGAGAAUUCAAUGUGGACCCCUGCCAUUUCCACGAGCACGGCGAUGAGGAUUCGACCGCGCUUUGCGUCGAAGAAUCGGCUAGGCUAGCUGAGCUAAGACGCAAAGAGAAGUCCGGCAAUAUAACCCCCGUGCCUGCUAAAAAACCGAAGAUAACGAUCGAAUCCCGGAUAUUUUCAUCCUGAUCAUAAAAUGCUCUAAGUUAACCUUGUCGCCAGAUGAAUUCAUCAUCUAUAAUCUACUGCAAUUUUGGUUUCAUCUUGACGAGUCGGACUUGUACUUGGUUAGAUAGUUUUGGAGUAAACGGCGGUACUUUGGGUGGGGGACGAGAAUUUGGCGCUCAGGACCUGCUAAGCAUCGUCACUUCAAC